AUGUCUAGCUUGCCAGUGUCAAAGAAACAGUGUAUGUCUGGGCCUGAUCAAAACCAAGUCCUGAUUUCUCCUCUGCUUGGAAUGCCAAAAAAGGGCAGUGAAACAGACAUUGAUGAAGGUCUUUACUCUAGACAGUUAUAUGUCCUCGGCCAUGAGGCUAUGAAGCAUCUCCAGGCAUCCAGUGUGCUGGUAUCAGGACUUCGGGGCCUAGGGGUGGAGAUUGCCAAGAAUAUCAUCCUUGGUGGUGUCAAAGCUGUCACCUGCAUGAUGAGGGCACUGCUCAGUGGGCUGACCUCUCGUCCCAGUUCUACCUGCGAGAGGAGGACAUUGGUAAGAACCGUGCUGAGGCAUCACAGCCCCGCCUUGCUGAACUCAACCACUAUGUGCCAAUCAGCACCUACACUGGUGCCCUUGUUGAAGACUUUCUUAGUGGUUUCCAGGUGGUGGUCCUUACCAACUCCCCUUUGGAGGACCAGCUGA